AAGACCUCCGACUUGACCCCUGGUUAUAGUGCCUACCGUACUGAAGCGAAUAGGAUUUAGCCAAGACUGUCUUUUAUCAGUUGGAUUUAUUGAAGGAAAGACAUUUGGGGGAAAUAUGCCUGAAUUAGCUGAAGAAGUGAAGCCGUCAUGGGGAGAUAUGAUGGAAGAUCUCGAUGGAACUGCUUCUUUGCCACCUUCAUCAGAGGAAGUUGUGGGCAAUAUCAAGAAAUUAAUAGAAUUCAGAUACAAUGAGCAAGGAAAAAGAGUUAAGGUUACCAGAACAUACACUUUAGAAACAAGAAAAGUGUCCAAGUCCAUAGCUAAGAGAAAGACUUGGCGGAAAUUUGGUCUUGCUUUAAAAGAUAAUCCUCACGGGCCAGAUCCUUCAACCACAUAUGUUGGUGAUGAUGUGUACCUAUCAUUCACCACAAACAAGGAGGAGUUGGAUGAAGACAAAGAAGAUCCUUUAAAGAAGCUUAAAGGUAACAGCAUUGUCAAAUGCCGUGUAUGUAAAGGUGAUCACUGGACAACUAAAUGUCCAUAUAAAGAUAGUUUACAACCGUUAAAAGAAAUAGAGGAUAAAGAAAAGGCGAAAGACAAUGUUGAUGUGAAUGCAGCUGUUCCUGAUUUGGCUUCUAAAGUUGUUGGUGGUGGAUCAAAGUAUGUCCCUCCUUCUCUUCGUGGAAAUGCAGAUGGAGCACAGAGGAGAGGAGAAACUAUGAACAACAGAAGACAAAACGAAGCCGCUACAUUACGUGUGACAAAUUUAUCAGAAGAUGCAUGUGAGGCUGAUUUGCAAGAGUUGUUUCGUCCUUUCGGUCCAAUCGCUCGUGUGUAUCUUGCAAAAGAUAAACAAACCAAUCAAUCAAAGGGAUUUGCUUUUGUCAGUUAUGUAAAGCGAGAGGAUGCGUCUCGUGCUAUCAAGUCGCUUCAAGGUUACGGCUACGAUCAUCUAAUUCUCAAUGUUGAAUGGGCAAAACCUUCAAACAAUUGAUGGAUGCAAACCUUUAACAGCAAAAUUAUAACGAUCUUGUUGCCGUAAAUUACGACUUUUUUUUUGCUCGCGAGGGGUGUGUGUUUUAUCAAUUUCAAAAAAAUUAGGCAUCGUAAAAAAAAUGUGCAUCGUAAAAGAUGAAAAAAAAAUGUUCUUGAACACAGA